CCGACCCGGGGCUCCAGGCCGCGGCCCUCCACCUCCUGCCCCAGCCGUGACCGUCAUGUGCCUUCUACCCGCCGGGCGCCGGGAGGGCGGCUGAGCAGAUCGGCAGACCUCGUCUCGCGCCUCCCCCGCCCCCGGCCGCUUGUAGCGGACCCCACGCCGCCCUAACCGUGCUUGGUUCCUGCCUACCCGCAGCAGCAGGUUUUGACCGGGGUAUCGGCCCAGGGAGCUGGGUGUCGGGUUUGCAGGAAGGAUAUUGCGCACUUCCGAAGUUACAAACAGUAUUAUGGAAAACGGGCUGUCUCCGUGGCUGCCCCAGCGCCCUCUUCGUCCUUGUGAGCAUGGUUGUCGCCUGAGGGUUAAUCAGCAGAUGGUUGCAGACAGGAGUUCACUGUUAGCCAGCUGUACUCAGUCUCUUAAUUCUUGAAUGGACCUGCUACUUCCUUGUUGAGAUGUGUGCCUGUACUACCCCCUUGCACACGUAACACACACAGGUGCCUUGAGUAACCAUGAGGAAUGCACCUCAAGCUGUGCAAUGAAGAUGUAUCCUAUCUUUGGCCCGCUCCUGAUCUUACAGGCACCAUGAGUCCCAUGAGGACCCAGCACUCGUUGGCGGGCCAGACCUACGAGGUGCCCCUCAUCCAGCCAGACCUGCGGCGUGAGGAGGUCAUCCAGCAGGUGGCAGAUGCCUUGCAGUACCUACAGAAGGUCUCUGGAGACAUCUUUAGCAGGAUCUCCCAACGAGUGGAGCUCAGCCGGCGCCAGCUGCAGGCCAUUGGGGAGAGGGUUUCCUUGGCCCAGGCCAAGAUUGAGAAGAUCAAGGGCAGCAAGAAAGCCAUCAAGGUGUUCUCCAGUGCCAAGUACCCAGCUCCAGAGCGCCUGCAGGAGUACGGCUCCAUCUUCACAGGGGCCCAGGACCCUGGCCUGCAGAGACGCCCCCGCCACAGAAUCCAGAGCAAGCACCGCCCCCUGGAUGAGUGGGCCCUGCAGGAGAAGCUGAAGUACUUCCCCGUGUGUGUGAUCACCAAGCCGGAGCCUGAGGAUGAGGCCGAGGAGGGGCUUGGGGGUCUGCCCAGCAACAUCAGCUCUGUCAGCUCCUUGCUGCUCUUCAACACCACUGAGAACCUGUACAAAAAGUACGUCUUCCUGGACCCCCUGGCUGGUGCUGUCACAAAGACCCAUGUAAUGCUGGGGGCAGAGACGGAGGAGAAGCUGUUUGAUGCCCCUCUGUCCAUCAGCAAGAGAGAGCAGCUGGAGCAGCAGGUUCCAGAGAACUACUUCUAUGUGCCUGACCUGGGCCAAGUGCCCGAGAUUGACGUGCCGUCCUACCUGCCCGACCUGCCAGGCAUUGCUGACGACCUCAUGUACAGUGCCGAUCUGGGCCCUGGCAUCGCGCCCUCUGCCCCUGGCAUCAUUCCAGAGCUGCCUACCUUCCACACAGAGGUAGCUGAGCCUUUUAAGCCAGACCCAGAACACGGGGUGCUAACGGCACCCCCACCGCCCCCACCGCUUCCCCCAGCCCCGGCAGUGCUGGUCAGCGCUCCCCCACCGCCCCCGCCACCCCAGACAGCAGGCUGUCCGGGCCAAGAUGCCAGGCAGGACAGCAGCAGUGGUGUGUCUCCUUCAGCUCCAGUCCAGGGUGCGCCCAAGGAAGUGGUGGACCCCUCCAGUGGCCGGGCCACCCUGCUUGAGUCCAUCCGCCAGGCUGGGGGCAUUGGCAAGGCCAAGCUCCGCAGUGUCAAGGAGCGCAAGCUGGAGAAGAAGAAGCAGAAGGAGCAGGAGCAAGGGAGAGCCAGUAGCCAUGGUGGGGACCUGAUGUCGGAUCUCUUCAACAAGCUGGUCAUGAGGCGCAAAGGAAUCUCUGGGAAAGGACCUGGGAUGGGGGCCACUGAGGGGCCAGGAGGCGCCUUUGCCUGGAUGUCAGACUCCAUCCCCCCUCUGCCUCCCCCACAGCAGCCCCCUGGAGAGGAGGAGGGUGACUGGGAAUCCUAGGGCCCGGCCGCUCCUGCCCCCAAACCCAGGCCUGGCUGUGGCCCUCGCACAGGAGCAGCCAGGACAGGCUCCCUGGCCUGCGGCGCCUCUCAGGCCCUGCCGCCCUUGCCUGAGGGGGGCGGGGAUCGCGGGGGGCUGUCCCAGGGCUGUGCCUGGGCCUUCUCCAAGGAGUGGGGAGGCCAGCUUCUGAGAUCAGACAGCUGGGCAGGGAAGAAGGAACAGCCCGGGCUCUACCUACCCCCUCCACCAAUGUUUGGAGAUAAAAUAGUACCUGAUCAAUAAAUUACUGUAAUGCGGACUGAGCAUAAA